UAAACGGUGAAAGAUGGAACUCCAUGACCCUACAGUUAUGCCACAACCCUAGAGGAUAGCCUUCCUUUUCUGUUUCUCUGUAAAUCAGUGUCCUUGUUCCUCGAUUCACAACGUGAUUGUUUCUUCUUCCUCUGCUCUUGUUUCUUGCCUUGCGAAACCUCGUAAAAUCAAGGGUUCUUUUGAGUUCAAUCUCCUUAUGGAUUCUUCUUCUGACCACUCUCCUUCGUUAUCUCUUCAUUCUACUGGAGAUGUUCAAAACGUUGAGUUCUGUCAGUGGUGUGGUGGUCCAACGAAGCCUGGAAUACCUGAAGGAGAAGAAAGAUUCAGAGCUAUAUGUACCAGCUGUGGGAAGAUUGCAUAUCAGAAUCCAAAAAUGGUAGUCGGUUGCCUCAUUGAACACGAUAACAAGGUCCUCCUUUGCAAGAGGAAGAUUGAACCAUCUUAUGGCCUAUGGACACUUCCUGCUGGUUAUCUAGAAAUGGGAGAGUCAGCUAGGGAAGGUGCCAUCAGGGAAACGAGGGAAGAAGCCAAUGCUGAGGUAGAAGUGAUUUCCCCCUUUGCUCAAUUAGACAUUCCUUUAAUUGGCCAGACUUAUAUAAUCUUCUUAGCAAGGUUGAAGAAUCCCCAUUUUUCACCUGGUCCAGAAUCAUCAGAAUGCCAGCUUUUCCCUCUCGAUGAAAUACCUUUCAACUCUCUAUCCUUUUCAUCAAUGGUGGUCACUUUAAGUUUGUAUGUUGAAGAUAAGAAGGCAGGAGGAAAGCCUAAAUUCCAUUAUGGUACUAUUAACAAAAGGCCUGGUACCAGUGCUUCUGACAUUCAUGCCUAUACACUGGACCAUCAUAUGCAGUCAUGAUCAAUUAGGAGCUGGUACAUAUCUACCAUUAGAUUCAAAUAUAUGAAGAUUGUACCCGGUAGAUUCAGAGAUUCAGGAACUCCUUUCAUUAUAAGAUUCUGCAAUCCAGAUUUUUAAAUCAGCAGUAGUGGCAUAGCAUUUAAUAUGAAAAAUUCAAAUUCAUGAAACUGUUGCAAGAUUGAUGAUUACCAGCAAAUCCCUGCUAUUAUGUUCAAAUUCUUGUCAAUUCUCAAAAAAGAAUAAUUUGUUUUCAUC